AUGGGAAUCUUUUUAGGAGCGAGUCGCGAUCAGCGAUCUUUCGAAGAAACUGCUCGUGAAGAGGCAUCGACGGGAAUCUACUUGCCUACUUCUUUUGCGAAUGCCUCGAUUUGUCGCAAGAAGCCCGAGCAAAAAGAAAACACCGAGCACUCCACUAUUAGCGCCCAAAGAGUUCAAGCAAUGAUGUGUCUCAGCUUAGCAAAUUACUGGCCACUCGUAAAGAAUCACACAAAUUUUUCAAAGCACAAUUCCGAAUCUUUCUCUGAUAUUCGUGUUAACUCGAUUGAUAUUUUAUUGCGUGCA